GGGGAUGAGGAUGCGUUGCCUGUGCACAAUUGGAGGCAGCAGGGAGGGAAGCAGCAUCUGUAUGAGGCGAGAGAAGGAACCUGCAUGGAAUGGAGGAGCGCUAGAGCAGCUCUGUCGCUGUCGUCAAGACUCCCACCGCCUCCACCAACAACACCACCACCACCACCGUCGCCGCUGCCACUCUGGAUUGUGUGUUUAUGGAAGAGACUCAGAGGAGCGGCUCUGAUGCCAGAGGGACCAGCUGCGUGGAUCCAGUGCCGCCUCCAAUAUGAUGCUGAGAGCAGGAGGGACAGCCACCUCUCUCGCACUGCUGCUGCUGCUGCCGUUGCUGUGCUGCUGCCACCUGUGCCACUCACUGCGGGUCCCUAAACUCUCCUCCUAUGCAAAAGCAGAGGACAAGCUGUUCAAAUACCUCUUUGGGAACUACCAGAAAUGGGUUCGACCCGUGGAAUUCCUAAACCAGACGAUCCGUGUGAAAUUUGGACUUGCCAUCUCCCAGCUAGUUGAUGUGGAUGAGAAGAAUCAGCGGAUGACGACUAAUGUUUGGAUGAAACAGGAGUGGGUUGACAUGAAACUCAGAUGGAACCCUGACGACUAUCUGGGCAUCACAGUCAUCCGAGUCCCUUCUGACAGGAUCUGGCUGCCUGAUGUUGUACUGUAUGAUAAUUCAGAUGGCCGUUUUGAGGGUACUGUCACCAAAGCAGUUGUUAAGUAUGAUGGAACCAUAUCAUGGACACCACCAGCCAAUUACAAGUCAGCCUGCACCAUUGACGUCACCUUCUUCCCCUUUGACCUCCAGAACUGCUCGAUGAAGUUUGGCUCCUGGACAUACGAUGGCUCCCAGGUGGACAUAACUCUGGAGGAGUUCCACGUGGACAAGCGGGAUUAUUUUGACAAUGGUGAAUGGGAGAUAGUGAAGGCCACAGGCAGCCGUAGUUUGAGGACCGACGGCAGCUCCUCCUAUCCCACCAUCACCUACUUUUUCAUCAUCCGCAGGCUGCCUCUUUUCUACACCCUCUUCCUCAUCAUCCCCUGCAUCGGCCUGUCCUUCCUCACCAUCCUCGUCUUCUACCUGCCCUCCAACGGCGGCGAGAAGAUCUCUCUCUGCACCUCAGUCCUGGUGUCGCUCACGGUUUUCCUCCUGGUCAUCGAGGAGAUUAUCCCCUCCUCCUCGAAGGCUAUCCCUCUCAUCGGGGAGUAUCUGGUCUUCACCAUGAUCUUCGUCACACUCUCCAUCAUCAUCACCGUCUUUGCCAUCAACAUCCACCAUCGCUCUUCUUCUACACAUCACGGCAUGGCCCCUUGGGUGAGGAGGAUUUUUCUGCAUCGACUGCCUAAGCUGCUGUGCAUGCGUAGCCACGUGGAUCGUUACGCCACAACCGGAGCUGCCAGAGCGGGAGGAGUGGGUAUGAUGAAGAACUCAGCCCCUGAACUGAAACCUCUCCUCUACACCAGACAUAACCUACAAGCAGCUUUGGAUUCUAUCCGCUACAUAACCAUGCAUGUGGUUAAAGAAAAUGAGGUCAGGGAGGUGGUACAAGACUGGAAGUUUGUAGCCCAGGUCCUGGAUCGAAUGUUUCUCUGGGCCUUCCUCCUGGUGUCCAUCCUGGGCUCCGCUCUUCUCUUCAUCCCAGUUAUUUACAAAUGGGCCAACAUCAUCGUCCCUAACCAUGCCGGAAGCACCCUCUGAGAACUCCCACAGUUCAUCUAACCGCAAAUGGAGGCAAAGCACAUUAACAGCUCGUUAUGGGUCCUAUUUGAGAUUGGACAGACUAGAAAUAUUGAGAUUAUCACUCAGAUAUAGAUCCGCUCUGCUUCUCCACAGUCACUCUGUAAGUCACAGCUGUGCCUGAGAUCAAGAUUUGGGACUUUGUUUGCUGAGUAAAUCUCAAAGAGACAUGGGGGUUUUUAUUGUUUGUUUGUUUGUUUUAAAAAGAUUGUAUUUUUGAUUUAAAAGAUAAAUGAGAAUGUAGUUGAUGUAGUACAUAUGAUGAGAGAAGAAAACUCAUUUUUGCCCACAUCUCAUACAUCAAUAAAUUUCAGUACAUUCAUUUCACUUA